AUGGCGGGCGCCGUCGGGAUGGUCACGACCUUCCCCAUGGACAUCGUCAAGACGCACCUGCAGGGCCAGACGCGCACGGGCGGCCGCAUGAUGUUCUCGGGCCCGCUGCAGUGCUUCAAGCACAUCGUGGCCACCGACGGACUGCGCGGACUGUACCGCGGUCUGCCGCCUACGCUCAUGGGGGUGCUGCCCGAGAAGGCCAUCAAGCUGGCGGUCAACGAGCAGCUCCGCGAGCACUUCGCCGACGCCGACGGUAACCUGUCAAUGGCCAAGCAGGCGCUGGCUGGAGCCGGCGCUGGAUGCGCGCAGUCUAUCAUCACCAACCCGGUUGAGAUCGUCAAGAUCCGACUGCAGAUGCAGACGUCACUGCCCGUGGCGGAGCGACAGACGGCCAUGGAGAUCGCCAGCAGUAUGGGCAUCCGCGGCAUGUACAAGGGCGCGGGCGUGUGCUUCAUGCGCGACGUACCGUACGCUAUCCUGUUCUUCCCGUCCUACGCCACGCUGCGGGACGCCUGGGCUGACAAGGACACGGGCAAGAACUCGGUGCUGUCCAUUGUGGCGGCGGGAGCUGUGGCCGGCGCUGGAGCGGCCGCCAUCUGCACACCGGCCGACGUGAUCAAGACGCGGCUGCAGAUGAAGGGGUCCCCGUACACGGGCAUGAUGGACUGCGUGCGGAAGGUGGUUGCGGCCAACGGCCCUAAGGCGCUGAUGAAGGGCGCAGGACCUCGCAUGAUGGUGCAAGCGCCGCUCUUCGGCAUCACAUUGGUCGCCUUCGAGCUGCAGAAGAAGUACAUGGAGUCCCUGUAG